AUGGACGUUCCUAGACGCUAUGGUCUCGGACAUCUUGUGUUCUACUUUAAGCGACCGAUCGCCGGGAGUUUCGAAGGGGCCGUGGUUGCUGUGGCGGAAACCGAAAAUCCCGAAUCAAUCGAGCCGUUUCACGUCGCAAUUUUUGUUGCUGACGACGUGCUGGUCCACGCGAUUCCGGCCGGAGUUGUGAAGAACUCUUUACGCGAAUCGAUCGAUCGGCUCGUGCCGGAUUUUAUCGAGAUUUGGCGGCUGGACCCGGAAGUUGUUGGAGCUGAAGCAUUGAAUUCAGCAGCCCAAUUUCUGGUCUCCCGACUCGGCUGUGCGUACAAUGAUAUAUUCUCCGAUAAAUGCAGAAAUUCCGAGGGUCAAGAAGCCUUCAUCGCCGUCGGGUUGGCAGCUGUCGCUCAGAUGCCGGUUAAGCUAGGUGACCGCGUCGACCUGACCUUCCCGGCCGGGAUCAAAUACGUGAAGAAGGGCGCCACGGACAAGCUGUUCGCCUGCGAAGCCACUGAUCGACAACUGGCCUGCGAACAUUGGGUCGAUCAGGACGGCAUCCUGGUGGCCGAGUCGAGCCGAUCGCGUCUCUUCCCAAAUGGAACUUUCACGAUUUUCAAGCUGCGAAAGGAGGACUUGGCCACGUAUCAGGAACCGGAAGCUCAGAAAGGCUCCAAAUCCGCACCCCGCGCCUACGACUUGGUCCUGAAGCCG